CUUUUCUUUUCUUUUUUUUCUUUCUUCUUCUUUAAAAUUAAACUGAAUUGCUUAAAAACAAAACAACUUUUCUCACCAAAUACUAGACAUUCGAUAUAUAUUACUAGUUUAUAAAGAACAUUUCCCAUUACAAUAAUUUGUCCCAUACAGAUACCGGAUUUGAACAGGUCUAUAUAAUAAUAAAUAAUUGCAAUUAUAGCUAUAUUAUCUAUAUUGUUACUAAUUGUGUUAUUUAUAUUCUAUUUACUAAAAUAUUUGAUUUUGUGCUUUCCUCCACACAGCAAAAUCACCAGUGUUGAUUUAACACCCACAGUGUUGAAUUUACACCCUACAGUGUUUAUAUAAGUCCAUUGGACUCAAAUAAAAACUCCGGGUGUUAAUUCAACACUAGGGAUUUUGUUGUGCACAAAUGAGCUAGUGGACUCUUUACAGGUAAUGUCAUCUCAAGACAUCCAGCUCCUGAGGAGACCACUUCCCCCUAAACACACCCCAUCACACUGUGAGAUUGCAGAGUCUAUUCCUGCACAAGUCCAAGAAGAGGGAACAGAGCGCAGAAACGAGUGGAGUGACCAUGGCAACGCUCUUCCAUGGAAUAACGGUCUGCCAUGUUCACGUCUGUCCUUCCUCCUUGCUGAAACUCCCAUCGUGCCUUACAAAAUCAUCAACUCUUUCCCUUCCCGACCACGAAGAAUUAUUCCAAAAGCCCGUAUUUUAGAUGUACUGAGAGAUGAUCCUCGUUACACAGUUCAACCCCCAAACUUCCUCCUGGAAUUCUUGAAACCCACUCAAUCAGAGAGUGAACCAGUCCAGACCAGCCAAUCACAGAAGAAAGUGGUCCAGUACCUGUCAGGGUGUAACUACAGGAAGUUUGUCGAUCACCUCCUGUCUGAGCUGCAUGAUGGGCAGCAGAGAGAAGUGGCCAGUCAGAUUUUGAGCUGCGAGCAGUUGCCUCAACUUGAACGCAGGAUCCCACAACGGCAGAUCAUAUGUGUGUGUGUGUGCAUGUGUGUUUGUCUAGAGUUGGCAGCAGUGAUUCGGGUGCAUCAAGGACAUGACAAACUAUUACGGACCGCGGAUGUGACUCAAGCUGUAUGCCCACACACACAGUAUGACAAAGACCCAGUUGUUCUGAGCUUCCAGGGUUCAUGCCGAUCACAUUCCCCUUCCCUCGCUCCAGUCAGCCCGUCUGAACGUGCAGUUGUAGAGUGCCUCAAGAAAGGCGGUGCCACUCUCAACCUCAAGGCUCACUUUAUUGACCAGCUACCCGAUCUGUCUCUCCUUAUUUCGACUCUCUGCUACCUAAACCUUUCAUUUAAUGACUUUAGUUUGUUUCCUGUGGAGGUAUGUGAGCUCACUAAACUGGAGGUGCUGAAGUUGAGAGACAACCCGAUUGAGGAAAUCCCAGCCGAGAUCCAGAAGCUGAUCAACCUCAAGAUGUUGGUGGUCUCAUUCUGCAAGCUCACUGCUCUGCCGUCCCAGUUAUAUCAACUGCCCUCUCUGCAGCACCUGGACGUGUCACACAACCUCAUCGGCCACUUGAGCAACAGCAUCAGUAACCUCAGAUCACUGCGUUAUUUAAAUGUAGAGGGGAAUCAGUUAGCAGCUCUGCCCGCUGGCCUGCUUCGUCUCCCGCUGUCUCAACUAAAACUGGACAGGAGCUAUACACACUCGCGGCUGUCAAAGCAGGACACACACUCUCAGCAGGUAUUACACACAGACACACACACACACACACACACACACAGACUGAGUAUAUGUGUGUGUGUUUGUAACUAGUAACCUCUCUCUCUUUCAGACCUGCCACAUGUGUCUAUAACCUCUCAUUCUCCCCUGUUUAACAUUUCUCUUAUUAUAACUUUUUUUUCACACACGUGUCAGUAAUUUUAUUUGUGCUGCUGCAUGUUUAAUUCUUUGCUUUUACAACAUUAAAUCAUUAUUUUAUACCAUUGCUAACUACAAUCGGGUUUGUGAUAUGCAUUCCUAUGGGGCACCCUGGUGGCUUGGGGCCGUAAGCAAAUCCUUAUUCACAAAUUGUACAUCGGACUACUGAUCGGAAGGUCAUGCGUUCAUAUCCCAGCACUGCCAAGUUGCCACUGCUGGGACCAUGAGCACAGCCUUUAAGUUGUAUAAAUGCUCAGUUGUAUAAAUGAGAUAAUUGUAAGUCACUUUGGAUAAGGAUGUCUGCCAAAUGCUGUAAAUGCACAAACCACUUUGGGACAUGCUGUUAUAGGAACAUAAUCAGUGAUGUGGUGGUGUGAUGUGUUGUGUUAAAUGCAUACAGUUAACACAAAUGUAAAAUGCUUGAACUUCUUUUAAACACAAGCUCAACCAAGACCAAAACAAUGGAUUUUUACUGCUAAAUUUACAAAUGCUUUCAUACUGUAUGUCAGAACAGAUAACAUCAUGUUCUAAACCUAACUUAUAGGCUAAAGUCAAAGUGAACAGUUGUUCAUAUUGUGAAUUGAAACCCAUAUAUAUCCCCUGUAUUCUAUUCCAUUGCUAUUGAGAAACAGCUGAUUGAAGUUAUGCAAAUAGAUCAAUCACAGCUGAUUCCCAUCUAGGAAACACACUCAGGUGGUGAGGUUCUUUCAAUCUCAUGACCAUAUGGUAUACAGUAAAAGAGGACCUCUUUGGGCUGAUCUUGUGUGGAAAAGGAACAAUAUAGAGUAACAAAAAGAAAGUAAGAAAAAUGCCUUCACGAGGGAGAGGAAGAUGAGUACCAGGACAAGGAAGAUGAGUGGGACAAGGGCAAAGGUGAGGAAUACCUGGACAAGAACAACGUAGAGAGAAAGGAGUUAGAAUAUGUGUUGGUGCUCAAAGAAGGGCCAGAGCUAGGGUACCUGAUGAUGAAAUAAGAGCUACUGUAAUAGACAAUGUCUAUUAUAAUGUAUAAGGGCUCCUCUCACUGCAAAGUGUAAAUACAAUAAUUUUACCAUGUAUUACUGUAUGGUGACUGUAUGCCUGUAUGGCAGAUUAGAAGAUUUUUUUUAUUCUUCUGUGGCUUUUUCUGUUUGUAUAUUUGGUAUUUUCACACAAUAAAUGGCAACUAUAUUGCA